CAUUUAACAUUGACGAUACGUUUGCUAACACGAGUGAAGCGUUUAGUCGAUGGAAGCCCAUAUGCGAAGCGAACGCGAUAAAAGUUUAACGCGUUGGUAAAGUGUGGAACUACGAAAGCUUGUUUAAAAAUUAUCGAAUCACAUAGUCGUUUGGAGAUGGAUCAUUCGAAAAUGGUUUCUUACGAGACAAUUGCCUCAAUAUGUUUAAAAAUACUGAAACUGCUCAAUAACAUAGGCGUACUAGUGUUGUAUCGUACGGGGAAUGGCGGCGAUUUCUUGGGCAUCGGUGGCAAUUGGAAUUUGCAUGAGAAACAUAGUAUUUCCCUUGAAAUGCUUGCUUCUGGGAUCUUUGUUGGAUUUGUAAUAUAUACAGCUGUAGUGAUUAUCGGAUAUUGUUUUGGAGGUAACACAAACAAGCGAGACUUAACUGACAUUCUUAUGAAUACAAUCGGAACCGUUUUGUGGAUCACAGCUGGUGCGAUGACAAUACAUUACUGGUUUGGUUACAUGACCGAUGGUAGUUUUGCGUAUGUCAGCAAUGAACGUAAUGUUGGUUUAACAAUGGGUGCAUUGUGUGUUUCCCAAGGUGCUCUUUAUUUAGUAGAUACUAUUUUGGGGUGCGCCAUCUACUAUAAAGGCCCCAUUGAGUAUGCCGUCAUAAGGCAGUAUACACUGGAAUAAAUAACAAACUACUACACUAAUAUCCACUAAUAAUGCAUUGCAAAUACAUUCAAAUACGAAAUCAAUUUAGCAAAUAUUCCCGAUAUGUAAUCUGAAUAGUAAUUACUUGAAAUACAUAUGUAAUGUAUGGAGGAAAUAUAAAUAAAUAUGUUACUACAGAAUAAGUAUUGUUUUAAAUAUUUUAGCGUGCACAUAUGUAGGUACAAUGAACAUAGAAUGAAAUCAUCUAAACAACAAAAUGUGGAAAAAGUUUAUCGCAACCAAGUAUUUUUUACGCAAGUAGACCAGGCAGUGUUUACAAAAAACAACGCAAUAGUACACCAUUUCAUAAUCACAUUAAGAAAUGUGUUACCUGUUUCGGUAUUUCAUGGUACACCUUUGCUUUAGCAUUCCAUAUACUGUUAUCUUAUCAGGGCAAAUGCAAAAGCUUUAAGUAAAUAUGGUUCAGUGUGUGACAUUUUGUACGAGAACCCGCUGUUGUGUGUACGUACGAUCAAUUUGGAAUUUAGUCUACGAACAACGACAAUACGAAAUCGAACGGGAUAAAAAUUUUGCUCUCACCAAUUUAAUACAAGUACCUAAAAACAGAUUCACCAUCUUUUAUAUGCAUUAUAUUUAUUAUAUACAAAGUACAUACAUUUUUUUUGAAAAGUGAGCAGUAAUUAAGUGAAAGAAAAAAUGGUGUCUGUGGAAACAAUUGGAUCGAUAUUUAUCAAAACCCUCAAAUUG